AUGUCCCCCCCAGUUGAUUCGACGGUCACCUUUACGCUACAGCCGUCGCAAGUUGCUUUCCUCACCAACAAACUCGACGAGUAUCGCGCAAUGGGCGCGGCCGUGAAGAAGCAGGGCUACGCGCACAGGAUGGCUCAGCACCUGAAGAAGGAGAUGAACGCGAUGGGGGCGACUAACAUGUCGCAGGCCAGGGAGGAUCAACUCAAAUUGGCGGUCGAGCGCUUUUUCGAAGAACGAAAAUACGAACGCAGUCCUACAAAACGGAAGUGGGGAAUCAAAUGGCAUGCGAGACUUGUAUUCAAGUAUGUCCGCACUCGCGCCAUCUGGCAUCUCGCCAAACUUAUUCUCGCCAACCUCCCCCUCCCUGACCUGCGACGCCUUUUGGACGAUGAAGACGCGGUUAUCAAGGAGGACCUGGGAUCUACGCCAGAGGAGAAGAUCGAGCUCCCUGAAGACUUCGACGAGGAAGACGACGAUCACGAGUCCGAGCCACCUGCUCCUGCCAAUGGCAGGGUGCCGACCCCCUUCUGGAAGUUCCCCCACGCUACAACUCUCCUCUGGUCUGUUUUGACCGAGAAGGAGAAGAAUCAUUACGAGCACCUCGCUGACGAGUGGCGUUCUGAAGGCCCGCCUCAGGAGGAGAAACGAAAACUCGUGCAAACGAAGUUGGGACCGCGUUGCCAAGAUUUUGCCACCUCCGUGUACAACGACAUGGGGGUCAUCGUGUUCUUCCUCCUGGGCUACGAGGACUCGACACUGGAACGCUUCGGCGUCACUUUGGAGUACAACACCGAGCUGACGGGGAAGCAAGCGUUCCUACAGCGCUACCAGAAGCAGUGGGUGGCAUCUGGCAUCCAGGACAGAUGGUGCGAGUAUGUCGGCAAUGUCCUGGCAAGCGACGACGAGACGGACCCCGCAGCGGCGACCAAGAAGGCUGGGAAACGCGCUCGCAGGCCGCUCCUUCCCAUGAAGUCCGACGCGUCUGGCCAGCCCAUCCUUCCUCCUCUCUCGGCCAUGCCCGAAACUGAGCAGAGGUCUGUCUGGCUGGGUGAUGUCCUACGAAGCUUCUUCACCCGCAUCUACAACCUGGAUUUGGGGAACAAGCCCCUCCCCGCGGUCAUUUCAGCCGAGAAGGAUAGCCUGCGCGUCCGAGUUCCCUGGAAAUCCAUCAAGGGGCGGGCUCGUUCUUGCGUGACGGCCGAAUUCCUCCCCGACGAAUUCGUCGAGAAGUUCGAGGAUCCCUCCCAGUGGAGCUUGAAGACUCGACGGGCCGUCUACGAUUUCUACUACGCUCGCCAAGAAGACCCCAACGUCAAGACGACGUUCCAGUUUACCUCGAUCCCCGUGAAAAAGCGCAACCAUCUCAACAAGGAGGUUGUCGUGUUCGUCCCCAACCGCAGGCAUCUGUGCGAGCUAGUGACAUCGGACGACGAGUCCGAAGACGAACAACACCAACGGCGUCCUCCUUCUCCCAAGAAGAAGAAGAAGGCCGUGAGUUUCCGACAAGUGCCUUCUCCUCAAGUGUCUGGUUCGUCCUCCGAAUCAGAGUAUUCGUUUGGCGAGGAUAGCGAACAGGUCCCCGAGACUCAAGUCAUUCACCCACCCUCUCCCUCUUCUUCAAUUGCUUUGGCCGACACGCUCUCGUCUUCAGAUAGUGAAUACGACUUUGACGACAGCGCGGACGUUCAACCCCUCGCAACCCUGCAUUCCUCAUCCGACUCUGAAUACGACUUCGAUUCCCCCGCGCAGGCUGCGCAACCUUUGCCUUCAGAAACACCUUCGGACUCGGAGGAGUACGAUUUCCCUGGGACUCCAGAACCAGAGCUCCCCCCAGCGGCAGAGAGUAGUGAUGAGGAGCCCCUACACGUCCAACUCCUCGGUUCGCGUCCUCCGUCACAGCCCCCUCCUCAGACCGAGUUGGAAGAAUCGGCCAGCGACACCGAGGAUGAACUCCCAACCGUCGACGAGCCCCGGCGCCCGCCGAAACGGAGGCGACUCGAGGUCGACCCUGUGGACGAGGCAACUUUGAAGACGCCUCGUCAGACUCGCUCUGGUGCCGCGAAGAGUGCGGGUGAGAAGGGGAAGGCGGCGGACGCGAAACCUUCGCGGCAAGGUGGUCGAGGUGGAGCUACGCGGGCUCGAAGUGGUGGCGCACGUGGACGUGGUCGUGUUGCCAAGGGUCAGUAA